GAUAAGAGAGGUCACCCACCAAACUCCCUUUCCCCCAUUCUCCAAACUACCUUCAAUUUCUUCCAUACCUAAAGAUAUAUAUCUGCUUCGAGCCUACAGAUACGCAUUUUCUUGGAACCCAAAGCCAUUAAAGAGCACGGGAGGAAAACGCGUGGUGCACAGGUUGUCUCUCUUGCUAUCCCCCCUGUUUUCUUGAUUUCCCAUUCCGUGUCAGGUCUGGGCUUGUGGGCUUGUGGGCAUGUGGUCCUCUUUGACAAAAGUUCUUGGAUUGGAGGAGUGUAAGACGGGGUAAUUCUGUGUUUAAGUCAUAGUGUGAAGGGAAAGUAUAAAGGUGAGGACUUUGAAGGUUGAGAAAAGAUGAGGAUGGUGAGUGCCAUUGAUUGUUCGGAGUGCCCGGGUUUGUGUGGAUUCUUGGUUGUUGAAGCUUAUCCAAAGGGGUACUCUUCCAAGAUCCCCUCUGAUUUGGUGCUUUUCCUGGGGCUUGGCUUCAUAGAUUGGUAAUAUCCUGUGUUGCUCUUAUUUCUUAUACCCAUAUCUAUAUUUAUUAUCUUAGAUAUACACCCACAAAAAAAUAUUUAGAGAUCUAGAUAUAUUUGUUUUUGUUAUUGGACUUACUUCUAUAGGAUUUCAAGAAAGGGACCAUGGAUUCAGUAGGGUUGAUUCAGUAUCUCCCACCUGUGUUUAAAGGGUGUAUGGAGAUUCUUGAAUUAGGGCUGUGUAUGGUCUUCAUCUAGCCUUUUUCUUCAUUUGGGUAGGCAUAAAAUUUGCUCCUUUUUAUUGGUUCCUGUUUCUAGUAGUAGUUUCAUUCUCUGGAAAUCUCAUUCUUUGGUGAGGGUAAAGUUUCUGACAGUGCUAUAGAACUAUUUGAUAGUUGAUAAUUUCAAUUGGGGAAUAAGAUUGUGGUUUUUGUGGAUUGUGGGAUGUAGUUGGGACUAGUAUGAGGAUGUGUGUUUGUAAAGAUUAGCCUUUUGUUUGGAUAAUCUUUGGGUUGAUAACUUUGAGCCCAGCUUCUGAAAUUGUCCCAAUAUUAAGGGAGAAUUAAUGAGAUGGGAGAUAUUCUUCUAACAGCCUUGUCAAUGGAGAAUCAUCACCCUUCGACCCUAUUGUCCAUGGAUUCGAGUGCCUCCUCUUCACAUGAUGAAUUAGACCUCGAAAUGAAUCGCCAAGUUGUCAUAACCCGCCCACCUGAUAUCAAUUUACCUUUAUCGGCUGAGCAGAGCCCUCCGCCCCAAUCAUGGAACUCCGAACACUGUGAUAUUCUUGAUGUUGGGCUCGGGACCCAAGUAUAUGAAACCGAAAGCUUCCUCAGUGUGCCCAAGGUGGGUAGGAAAUGUGCAAAACGGGUUGACAGCAUCUGGGGUGCGUGGUUCUUCUUUAGCUUUUAUUUCAGGCCCGUGUUCAGCGGGAAGUCGAAGGCGAAAAUUGUGCGAGACAGUAAUGGGGUUUCGGGGUUUGAUAAGUCUGAUCUCCAUCUUGAUGUUUUCAUGGUUCAGCAUGAUAUGGAGAACAUGUACAUGUGGGUUUUCAAGGAAAGGCCUGAUAAUGCAUUGGGUAAGAUGCAACUCCGAAGCUAUAUGAACGGGCACUCUCGCCAAGGAGAACGCCCCUUUCCUUUUAGUGUUGAUAAAGGCUUCGUUCGAUCCCAUCGGAUGCAAAGGAAACAUUAUAGGGGCCUGUCGAAUCCUCAGUGUGUUCAUGGGAUCGAGGUUGUUCAGUCUCCUAAUCUCAAGGUUUUAGAUGAAGAGGAUCGGAAAAGAUGGGCGGAGCUUACUGGAAGGGAACUCAACUUCACCAUCCCUCCCGAAGCAAGCGAUUAUAGUUCAUGGAGAAACCUGCCGAACACUGACUUUGAGCUCGAGAGGCCGCCUCAACCUAUCAAAACUAAUCACCAUUCCCAUCCUAAGAAGUCACUCAAGUGCAACGGGCUUAAUUUGUCAACUCAACCAUCCAACCACAGUAACGGGGAUGCAAUGGAUCUCUCACCCGACAGCAGCAAAAGGAGAAAGGACUUGUUUCCCGAAGAAGAGUGUUAUCUGCAAGUAAAUCCUCCCGAUCGAGUUCCAGAUUCAGAAGUUCACCCGAAUGAGCCACACUGGCUGAACGAAUUUAGCGGAGUUAUGCGUGAGGUUUACGGGCCCGUUACAGCCGCAAAAAGUAUCUACGAAGACAAAGAAGGCUAUUUGAUCGUAAUCAGUUUGCCCUUUGUAGAUCCCCAGAGAGUGAAGGUUUCUUGGAGGAACACACUCACACACGGGAUAAUCAAGGUGUCUUGCUUUAGCAUAUGCCGCAUGCCUUUCCUCAAGAGACAGAAAAGGACAUUCAAACUCGCAGAUUCAUCAUCUGAACACUGCCCUCCCGGGGAAUUUGUCAGAGAAAUCCCCCUUUCAACCCGCAUUCCUGAAGACGCUAACAUAGAAGCCUACUUCGAUGGAUCAGGGACGGUGCUCGAGAUUCUGGUGCCUAAACUUCAAGAAGGGUCAGAAGAACAUGAGGUACGCGUAUGCCUUCAUCCCCACCUCGGUGGCAAUGAUCUUAUUCUGAACUAGAGGCAAAUCGUGGUUGAUUAUGAUGGUAUUCUUCAUUGUUGCUAAAAUGUUACAAUAUAUAUGUUUGUGUAGCCUGAAAAUGCACAUGUCUUAUGUAAUGUUCCAUUUUCACACCCCCUAGAUGGUGUGUUUGUUGGUUGUUUGGGUAUUGUAGCAAUGUUUUACUAUUGAAAUAUGAAUCUUUGGUUUAAUAAUAUAUGUGGAGUAGUAGCCUUAGAUUUUCUUU